AUUUACGCAUCAAGUUGUUACGCACUACCACUUCCCUUGUUUGGAAAACACCGAUUUAAUACUUUCUGUUUAGUUUCUAUAGGAUAUAUCGGAUACAAUUAACUGGUUAAACUUGGCUUUGGAUAGCAAUUAGCAAUGGGUUUAGCGCCAUCCAGUUCCAAAAAAAGUGACAUCUUCGACAACAUUUUCUGUGAAAAACACGCUUCUAAAAAAGCAACGGGUUUUUGUUUACAACAUAAGGAGACAAUUUGUAUGUCUUGCAUUGUACAAAAUCUACAUUGUGACGACUGUAAACUUCAGGAAAUAGAGUACGUCGAUCGCAAAGUUUUGCUAUGUCUAAAAAUGAAAAAAAAAACUAAAUAAGUAUGAAUCGAAGCUAGAUGUUAAUGUAAUUGAAGAUCAGAUGACAACAGAAAUUGAAGCCGCUUACGCACAGGCAUUAGACAAACUUGAGAAGUAUAAGUCCGCAUCAUACGAGGAGACAAAGAAAGAAAUAUCAAACUUGAUUGAACGUGAAAAGGUCCUCUUCGCACAAGAUAUUUAUCCUACGAUAGAUGAAGCUAUUGGUCAUUACAUGUCUGGUAAUAUAACUGAAUGUGAAAAGGUUUUCAAAGAUAUGGAGGAUACACGUCUUAUCACUGGUAUAACAUUUGAAAAAGUAAUACCGCAUUUUAUUGCUGAGGGAAAUUCUCUUGUGAGUGUGGAGGAGGUUUACAUUCCAGAACAGUUAGACUGGGAAACAUGUUGUAGAUAUAUGUCUGAUAAUGAACCAGUUUGCGAUUCAGAUAAUUCAAAUGAGUCGGAUGAUGGUGUUGAUGUGGCAAAAUGUAUUCAAGAUUCAACACGCGAUAAGUAGACUCCAUUUAUCUAAUUUCAGUUUGAACUUAUUAUUAGCAGUUCUUUUUUUAAUGGGAUGUGAAAUAUUUCAACGUUAAAUUUCAAAGGGACAGGAAUUUAUGAUAAUGUAGACAUAAAUAAUGAUGCAUCCUACAGAAAAUAACAGCACAUUUUUUAUCUAUGAAAAUCUGUACAUAAAAGUAUGGUAUUCAUGCACAGUUAUAUAAUCAGUCAAUGACAUUUCCCGUCGUUGUGAAAAUUACUUGUCAUAAGCUUUGAGCGUCUUAAAAUAUUUCAUUACAUGUAUAAUUUAUCAUUCUUUUUUGACACAGACAACAUCAAUAUUCGUUGCAAGAAAAUAAGUUAAAAAGCAUUUUUAAAUUAGUUAUCCUAUUCAGUUACAUGAAUUGUGCAAAAUUAUUUCGUCCAUGAAAGAAUUGUAUGCUGUCUUCCAGGGAUUGAAUAUUGACACAUUUUAAGAGGAAAUUACGAUGAAAAUGCCGCUGGGUUACUUUAUUAUCAUUUUUACUCUUAAUAAGAUUUCAUCAGAAAUGACUGCAAGGCGUUCACAUAUAGAUCAUAUAUUAAGAAAUAAUUGUUUUUUAUGUAAAUAUAUUAAAUUUGUAAUUUUCCUCCCAUUGCAUGAUUUUAAAAUUGGUUUAAAGAUUGCAUCAGAAAUAACUGCAAGGCAUAUGCACAUUUUAUGUUUUUAAAUGUUUUUUACAAAGUACAUGUAUUUAACCUGCAAUUUUCCUUCCAUUAUAUGUUUUAACAAUUGUUUUGCUAUUGAGUUUACAUGCUUCAUUGUUUUUUUGUUAGCACUCACACCAAACAUGCUUUUAUAAUAAAGUCUAGACCUUG